CAAACAAAUUGUUGCCAAAGCUCCACUGUGGGACAGUGCAGAUUAAACAAUGUCCUUUUCACUAAUGCCUGGCCAGUUCUGACAUUCAGCUCCGACACAACAGCAAUGAGUUUGUUUCCCAGAGCAUAACAAGUGCUGCAGAAAAAGGGACUAUGGGCUGCAGAAAAGAAAAACAGCUAGUCAGAUUUGGGUCUUCAUAUGCUAAAUGGCCUUAUCACAGCAGAUUAGUUGGAGCUGAUCUUUAACCUCUCUUGAACAAUUUGGCAUGACCUUUGUUUUAAAUACAAGAAGUGGAAAUUUCAAUUUUUGUGCUCAAAGUAACUCAAGGUUCGGUCAAGGAAAGUAUGAAAGCUGCAAAGAGAAGUGUGAGAGAAGCAAGUUAAGGAAGAUGGUAGGCUGCCAAAAACGCAGGACAGAGGAGGAAACUCAGGAUACCUAUGCAUCCAAAUUUCAACGAAAGACUCUGAUUGCACCUGCUCCAUUUGCAGAUGAAAUAAGCUGUCAGUGCCAAGCCCCACAUGAGAAACUAACCAUCACUCAGGCCCGCCUGGGAACACCAGUUGACAGACCAGUUAGAGUGUAUGCAGAUGGGAUAUUUGACCUCUUCCACUCCGGCCAUGCUAGAGCUCUUAUGCAAGCCAAAACUCUCUUCCCAAAUAGCUACUUAUUAGUAGGAGUUUGCAGUGAUGAUCUAACCCACAAGUUCAAAGGCUUCACCGUAAUGAAUGAAACCGAGCGGUAUGAGGCACUCAGACACUGUCGCUACGUAGAUGAAGUCAUCAGAGAUGCUCCAUGGACGCUCACACCGGAGUUCUUAGAAAAACAUAAGAUUGAUUUUGUAGCCCAUGAUGACAUUCCAUACUCUUCCGCUGGCUCAGAUGAUGUGUACAAGCACAUAAAGGAAGCAGGAAUGUUUGUGCCAACACAGAGAACUGAAGGUAUCUCAACAUCAGACAUCAUUACUAGAAUUGUACGAGACUAUGAUGUCUACGCUCGACGCAACCUCCAAAGAGGAUAUACCGCCAAAGAGCUGAAUGUUAGUUUUAUAAAUGAAAAGAAAUAUCGCUUUCAGAACCAGGUAGACAAAAUGAAAGAAAAAGUGAAAAAUGUAGAGGAAAAAUCAAAAGAAUUUGUUAAUAAGGUGGAAGAGAAGAGUCAUGACCUCAUUCAGAAAUGGGAAGAGAAGUCCAGAGAGUUCAUUGGCAACUUUUUAGAGCUGUUUGGACCCGACGGAGCUUGGAAACAGAUGUUUCAGGAGCGAAGUGGCCGAAUGCUCCAGGCCUUGUCGCCGAGGCAGAGCCCAACCAGCAGCCCAACGCGCGGCCGCUCUCCAUCCCGCUCUCCAUCGCCGCCCUCCCCUUGGUUGUUCAAUAAAGCCUCACCCCCUUCCUCUCCGAAAGCGGCCUCGGCCUCCAUCAGCAGCAUGAGCGAAGGAGAUGAGGAUGAGAAGUAAAGAAAAAUAAACGAUAAAAAAAAAAAGAUACCAACACUCAUAUAACAUGCAGGUGGCUGGGAGGAGAGGAACUACAUACA